AUGAAGAGGGUGUUGAGAUUCAUAAAAGGUACAAUUGAUCAUGGUGUGCUAAGGCCAAGAAAAAAGAAGAUCAGAACAGGUGUAGAGGUAUAUGGUUACAUUGAUUCAGAUUUUAGCAGAUAUCAAGAUGAAAAGAAGAGUAUUGCAGACUACAUAUUCAUGAUUAAAGGCGUUCCAAUCUCUUGGAGCUCAAGGAAGCAAAGUAUUGUGGCUUUGUCAUCAUGUGAAACUGAGUACAUGGCUGCAUCAUAUGCAACAUGUCAAGAAGCAUGGAUAGAGAUGUUGCUCGAAGAGCUCAAGAUCAUGGAACCUAUGAAAAUGAAGUUGUUUGUCGACAACAAGUCAACUGUUGAUCUAGCCAAUCAUCCUAUGUAUCAUGGUUGA